UAUUCAAUUAUUUAUUUAACUACACGAAGGAGAGCGAUCUCUCUCUGUCUCUCUCUCUCUCUCUCUCUGAAGAGAACGAUGGUGAUGAUGCUGUGUUCUUGUUAGGGUUUGAUCCACAUUGCGUUUGCGAGGUCCUAUUUCACAUCCAGGUUUUUAAUUGGAUUCCUACUUAGGGUUUCGCACUUUUUUUCUUUCCCUUUUCUCUCGAUCUAGGGUUUAUGAUCUCAUGUUCCCAACUCGUUUUCGCUAAUUCAGGAAACCAUCUCUUUUAAUUGCUUGAUUUUCGAUUAGGAUAAGGAUUUUCAGGGAUCACGUGCUCUUCUUUUCAUUCAAUUACUCAAAUACGUUUUGAAUGUUUUUGCACCUCGGAGGAAGAGAGAAGAAUACUGUUAUUAGUAUUACUCGCUCAAUAAAGUUUAGUUUUUUUUGGUUGAGAGCAAAUUGUUGACGAUAGAACUGAAAUUAGUCUAUUGGGUAUGAGACAAGUGCACCCAUCACUGGGUUAUAUCAUUUUUUGCGUUAAAAUUUGGAGGAUAAGACUUGAUUCUUCUUGCUUCUGAGAGUUUUGGUUUAGAGAUUGCUGUGUGGGAGAAAAUUUUGUUGUCUAGUUGAUAUGUGCGGUAGUUGGAAUUUCAUCUUAUGGCACCAACUGUUCCCAUAGAUUUUGCUGGGCAAAAGGAAUCUAGGAAGUACUCUCAUUCGCAAAUCAUGGGGAAAUCUCGAAAAUAUUCUAAAGGUCAUGCUACUGGUUUUGUUCCUGAGUUCCGUCAUGUUGUAGAGACUAUGGGUGAAUCGGAUGGGUUGGGUAGCUCGGGAAGGGUUGAGAUGGAGCCGGCGGCAUCGGCAGAUUCCUAUGCACCGAACAGGAAAUGCGCUGGUUUGAAGAGUGAUGGUUGUUAUGGUAGUUUUGAUGUACCUUAUCAACUAUUCUCGUUGUCUAAAAUGUCAGCUAUGGAAAGAAGGGAUUUGAAAUUGAGAUUAACUUGGGAACUUGAUCAAGUGAGGAAACUUCAGAAGAAAAUGGAUGGUAUGAAUUCAACCAUUAUUGGAUUAUCUCCGUCCAGUGACAUAAGGAGCUGCAGUGUGGGACAGAAAAGGCCUCAGCUGGAGAGCCAAUACAGUUUACUGCAGGCAUCAGUGCCACAUGGUAAGAAAAGACCUCUGCCAGGACGUAGUGGUCCCAAGACAAAAAAAAGUAUGUCUGGGCGUUUUGAAUAUCCGAAACCUGCUGCACCAAUGGAUUCAUAUGAUACAUUGAUGAAACAGUGCGAGAAUUUACUUAACCGUUUGAUGUCUCAUCAAUAUGGUUGGGUCUUUAAUAAACCAGUUGAUCCUGUUGCAUUGAACAUUCCCGAUUAUUUCAAUGUCAUCAAACAUCCAAUGGAUUUGGGAACUGUGAAGAGUAAACUUACAUCUGGUAAAUAUUCAAAUCCCAUGGAUUUUGCUGCUGAUGUGAAGCUGACAUUCUCAAACGCAAUGACUUAUAAUCCACCUGGCAAUGAUGUGCAUAGCAUGGCAAAUACUCUUAAUAAAGCCUUUGAAACAAAAUGGAAGUCCAUCGAGAAGAAAAUUCCUUUCAUUGAUCACCGUGUCUCAUCCGAGCUUUCAAAACAUACACACAUAGAAACUGAAAUUUUUGACCCAAUCCCCCCCAUAAAAAAGAAGAAAAUGGCACCAAUUAACACUAAUACCACCAAGCCAGAACCUGUCAAAAGAAUCAUGAGUGACAUGGAGAAGCAAAAAUUGAGUCAAGAGUUGGAGGAGAUGCUUGGAGAGUUGCCUGAAACCAUUUUGGAUUUUUUGAAAGAGCAAAGUCACAAUGCAGGGCAAACCAAUGAUGAUGAAAUUGAGAUUGAUAUUGAUACUCUUAGUGAUGAUACCUUAUUCAAAUUGCGGAAGCUUCUUGAUGAUUAUAUGCUGGAGAAGCAAAGGUUCCAGCCAAAAGCUGGACAGUGUGAAAUGGAGAUUCUUAAUGAAUCUGGGUUUAGCAAUUCAUCGAUGCAACCUUCUAAAGGCAAUGAACUGGUUGAAGAGGAUGUUGACAUUAUUGGUGGGAAUGAUCCUCCUAAUUCAAAUUAUCCUCCACUAGAGAUUGAAAAAGAUGGAGCUAACAGAAACAGUAAAUGCAGUAGUUCAAGCAGCUCUAGUAGUGAAUCUGGCUCAUCAUCCAGUGGUUCGUAUUCAGAUUCAAGUAGUUCAUCUGGUAGUGAGUUAGAUACUGCUAAAGCGUCAGAACCUCUUAGUUCUAAGGUGAUUGGGGAAAAUAUAGGUCCUGGCUUGACGUAUGAUCAAAACAGGGGGGAUCCUGGUAAUCCAGUAACUGGAAAUGAUUCAACUAACCUGGGUAGCCAGGUUGACCAGAGUUUGGAGACUAAGACAAUUACUAUUGAAUCAGAAAGCCACCUAGAUGGGGAGAGUGCUGCGUCUAAGAGGCAAGUCUCUCCGGAAAAGCUCUACCGCGCAGCUUUAUUAAGGAGCCGGUUUGCUGACACCAUAUUCAAAGCUCAAGAGAAAGCCCUUGAAAAGGAUGAUAAACGCGACCCUGAAAAGCUUAGAAUAGAGCGGGAAGAGCUUGAGAGAAGGCAGAAGGAAGAGAAAGCUCGGCUGCAAGCAGAGGCAAAGGCUGCAGAAGAGGCUCGUAGGAAAGCUGAAGCAGAAGCUGAAGCUGAAGCCAAAAGAAAGAGGGAACUGGAGAGAGAAGCAGCCCGCCAGGCUUUGCAAAAGAUGGAGAAAACUGUUGACAUCAAUGAGAGCUGUCAAUUUUUGGAAGAUCUAGAGAUGCUAAGUGCUGUACAUGAUGAAAAUACACCAAGUUUCAAAGAGGAAGCGAGCCCAGAUGAUCAUCAAAAUGGAUUUGGGGGGAUCAGGCUGCAGGGAAAUCCCUUGGAGCAGUUAGGAUUGUACAUGAAGGUUGAUGAUGAAGAUGAGGAGGAAGAACUGCCUCAGAGUGCUGCAGAGCCAUCGAAAGAUGUAGAAGAAGGAGAAAUUGAUUGAUGUAUCAUUUGAAAAAAAAAUAUGAACAGUUGCUGGCUAUGGUUGAUGCUGGCUCCACACUAGGAAGUUUGAGGACGGGAUAGUAUAAACUUAGAAAAGGGCUGAAGCUUGGAUUUGGCUUUUCUUUGUUCUGAUUAAAUUCCACUUUCACUUGGAAAAUGGUUUCUGAACAUGUCGAAUAGCUAGCGUGCAGUUCCCAUUUAUUGAAGGGCUUUGGUAUCUGGAUACUGAUUUGCCCAGUUUUGCCUGUAAAGAACUCAUUUGUAAUGAGUUCUAUGCCCAAGCUUGAGUUAACUUCACUCACAUUGUACAAUAUGUUAGAUCCGAGGUAGAAUCAAUUCUUUCUAUUUAUUGACA